AUGGGUUAUCCACAAAAUUUCUAUCAAUUAACUACUUCAACAACUGAUUUUAAGUCACGUUCAAAUGAUGUAUUUGAUAAAUUAGCAAAUCUUGAAAAACAACAUGAUGUACAGAAAAAAACUCAAAAUCCUAUAUGUAUAAUUGAUGAUGAAACUCCUUCAACAUCCCAACAAAAUCCAAUAAUUCCAAGCAAUGCAAUAACAUUUAAAAAACGUCCAGCUGAUGAUAGUUUUACUCGUCCAAUGGAUAAAUGGAAAAAAUAUGAUUUAGAUGAUGUUAAUGAACAUCAUUUAGGUGGUAUGGGUAAUCAACAUGCAUUAAAUGAUUUUCUUCGUACACGAGUGAAACCAUCAAUUACAAAAGAAACUAAAAAAGAAGAAGAAGAAGAAGAUAAUCAAGCAAUACCUAUUUUUCGACGUCCUGCAAAGAAACCAAUUCUAGCAAAUGAAGAUGAAGAAGAUAAUCGAUUUAUACCUAUACGAGCACCAUUACCUCCAACUACAACUGAACCAAAAAUUGAAAAUGAUGAUAAUGAUAAUGAAGAAGUUGCAUAUAAACUAAAAUCUAUACGUAAAAAACCUCGUGGUGUUGCUUUAAGCACAAACGACAAAAAAUCUAUUAAAACUCCAAUUGAAACUUCUGAAGAGAAAGAUGCUACUCCUCUCGAUGAUAAUGAAGAAGAAGACAUUGAUGAUGAACUUUUUGAACCUUAA